UCACAAUCGACAACUUGUCAGUUCCGUGUCAAGUUACUUUGACAAAAAUGUUUACAAUUUGCAAGACACUCGCCUAAAAUGUCUCAUUGUGAGACAACAUUGAGGCCGCAGCCCCGAUUGGACAUAAAAUGGCUUAAAACGAAUUUAGAAACUUUAUUUUCCUCCCAGGACAACUUGAUAAACUGCUGGAAUGGGCUGAUUACGGACGGAGAGCUAACAGGGGACUUCUCUGUUGGCAGACUGAAUAGUGCUGGGGUGACUGCAAAACAAGGGGAAUUUGGAAAAUAUUAUUGCGGACAGAGGGUAUUAACAUGUACAUGUUGUGAUGGAAUUUGUGGUCCACUCAGUGGUUGCAAUUGUCAACCAUGCCAAAAGCUGGAUGCUGAAGAAUCUACUCAGAAUAAUGUCUCCUACAAAGAAAAAUUCCCAUCUAUUGAGUCUUUACUAUAUAGGUGGGAUUGGGGACCUCAACCUGCGACAGAUCAACUGUCCGAAAGCAUAUGCAGCUUAAAUCAACAGCAAGAAUCACUGUGUGCAGAAGCAGCCGACUCCACUUUAUCAUCAAUUAGGCUCCACUAUCGAUUACUAAUAUUCAAGCGGUAUUUCAUCGCCUUGAAUCGGGCACCUCAUCCUCUCGAAAUAGAACACUCAAUAUUUACCAGAAAAACAAGUAUGGAACCCUCAGAUGCCAAAUUAACAGCCAAAAUUAAGAAGAUGUCCAAUGCAGAUCCUGCCACUAGUUUGGCACAGGUUGGGUCACGAGCUGCACUGAAUUUUUCCUUUGCUUUCCUGAAACGAGCUUGGCGAUUGGGCGAGGAUAUCGAUCUCUGUAGCGAAUUGUUAAACGAAUCAUUAGAUGCCCUUAGACUGCUGCCUGUGGCUACUUUGUUUGAGCAGAAUGAUGUAUCACCAGUAUGGUUAGAAGUAGUUGAAAGAUCAAUCAAAUUUUUGAAGCAAGUUGUCACAGGGGAUCUAUCCAGCGAAAGACAGUAUUGUACAGUUCCGAUCGAAGACCAAAACAUUUCCCUAAACCUACUAUUAGAAUUCGCUUUGCAGAAAGCGACAUUGAGCAGUGUACUCGACGUAGUUUUAUUGUUACUAACCCUAUGGAAUAAGAAAACCCACAUAACUGAUAACAGAUCGACUGAAGACGGGGCCAGCGCCCCUCUCUUGCCAUUUAUCAGGAGGCUCUCCGAAAUCAAACCGUCUCAGACUAUUUUCGGUAACAAAGAUGAGAGUGAUCAGUUGGAAAGUAGUUCGAAGAUCUAUUUGGAUUUGCUUGAGUUGCCUGAUGCCGAAGACUGCGAAAUAGACUUAAGACAAGCUGCUGUGUGUAUUAUGGCUCAUUUAGAUAGGUUGGCAAGCUCCCAUGUCCCGCCUUUAUCAUUUAAUAAGUCAUCCUAUUAUUUCAACGGCCAAAGAGUAUGGGGAUGGGGCUGGCUUUCUUGGGCGAUCGGAACAGGACCGCAAAGCUGCGAGGCCAUCGCGGAUCUGACAAUCAAGCAACUGUGUUGUUCCGACAGAGGUAUUUUGAUACUCAGCUGUUCCGGCAAAGUGUAUUUUAUGUAUUUCACCUCCGAAACGCAAUGUCCUCAAGUCAUAGAAGGUUUAAAAGAUAUAGAAAUUACGAAAAUAGCUUCUCACACGGAAGGCAAGCAUUUUAUGGCACUGACGAAGAAGUCGGAGGUGUAUUCGUGGGGCAAUGGAGAUGGCGGGCGUUUGGGUCAUGGUGAUACUACUUUUAGAGAAGAACCCACUGUAAUACAAGCUCUGUUAGAGAAAGAUAUAGUUGAGAUCGAAUGUGGCGCCACCUACAGUGCCGCCAUAUCCGCCAACGGUUCCCUUUACACCUGGGGCAAAGGUUAUUAUGGAAGACUAGGUCAUGGCACCUGUGAAGACUGUUUAGUACCGACCCUAGUAGCUGGAUUAUCUGGCCAACAUGUCGCUAAGGUAGCAUGCGGUUCUGGGGACGCUCACACUCUUUGUGUAACCAGUCAAGGUAAAGUCUACAGUUGGGGGGAUGGCGACUAUGGAAAAUUAGGCAGGGGAGGCUCGGAAAGUUCUAAAAUACCUAGGUUAAUAGAAAAAUUGCAGGACGUCGAGAUAACAGACGUCUAUUGUGGAGCUCAUUUCAGCGUAGCUUUGUCUAAUGAAGGAAAACUUUAUACUUGGGGAAAGGGUGAGGGUUGGAGGUUAGGCCAUCCCAACGAAGACCACAUACGCAUCCCGGAACCAGUCGAAAUCCUGCAAGACAAACGCGUCGUCUCUAUCAGUUUGGGCACUGCUCACAUUCUGGCUUUAACAGACGCGGGAGAGAUAUACGGUUGGGGUAAAAACGAAAACAAACAACUAUUUGAAACGCCAGAUAUCUACGUCCAACAACCCAAGAUGAUCGAGUCACUGAAAGGACAAAGGAUCGUGGGGAUAUCUUGCGGGCCUUCUCAGAGUUUCUGUUGGACGGACGUCAAUUCAUUUGUGCCUAAGACUUCGCUUCCAUUUGUUAUAGACCUCUCAGAACAGACUUUCAAAUUGCUUGAUCAGAUUCUGGAACUGGUAGUAGUCCAUAAUCCCUCUACACAGGAUAAGGAAUGCCUCGCGAUUUCAACUUUAAAGUUAUUACAACUUCAACUGCACAGUAUUAUUACUAAUAAUCUUGACGCCAAAUCAGUGGGUUUGGGCCCCAACAGCAAACUGUUGGCAAAUUUGAAAUCUCAAGUUGUCUAUUUAGCAAGUGCUAUAAAAAUUUUGCCUACAGUUCAAGCCGCGGCCCAAGCAGCUUUGCAAACCGGAUGGUCUGUGCUCUUGCCCACAGCCAAUGGUCGAGCAAGGACAUUGUCAUCUUUACUGCUUAAUACAGAUAUGGAACCGAAAAUGUGUAAAUCCGGUCAUAGGUUUAUGACUGACCUUCUAGUGUGGAGUCUGAUGGCAGAUGGAGGUCUGGAAACAGCUUUGAACGAAGCUUUGAACUCUGAAGCUUCCGAGCUUGCGAACGCUGAUGAAAAUUUCGAACAGUCCUCCUCGCAUAUAACGAUACCUCUCUUGUAUCUCGUACGACAAUUGGUUAGAAACAUAAGUGUGGUUACUCAAUCGACCGUGAAGGAAAUCGGAUUGACCGGCAAGCUGCCUUCUCAAAAGUUCCUGCCGUCGCCAAGCUUAAAGCUGCUUCAAAGGUUUCAACGAUUAUUGAUAGGAAAAAUAUAUUCCAAGUCGAUGGACUGUCAGGAUUCGGCAGAAACGCUGCUGAUGAAGUAUUUGGACUGCUUUAGCUGUUUCGUGACCAUGACGCUCAAUACUGCGUAUGAUACUUGCGUAGGAAACCCCAAGAAUUUUCUUAUAGUGAUGCAGAUCUUGAAAAGUGAUCUAAUAGGAGUGUUGCUGCCUGAACUGAUCGUAAGCCUAAUCCUGUUGGAACAAGAGACCGAGCUGUUUCUGAUCAACAUGAACUGGCUGAACACCUUCAGCGACGUCCUCAAAUCCAUCGACAGGCUUUGUAGACUGAUGCCCGACAUAGAACUACACGAUGCCGACGAUAUUGCCUGGCCUGGAAUUACGCAAACCAAACCCAACAGUAUUACUCACAAAUUGUACGAAGAUUUGCCGUUGAUAAGGCAAGCCGACUUGGAGAACCACAACCUGGAUGGAGGACGGUGGGUCGUCAUCAAUAAUAAGGUGUACGAUGUUCAGGAUUUUAGAUGUGAUAACUCGUCCGUUAAUGAGAUUCUACAAAAAUACGCCGGCAAAGAAGUGGGCCAUAUAAUCAACAAUUGCCCGCAAAGCAGCCAGCUCAUGGCCCUGAUGGAAAACUACGUGAUCGGCAAUUUUUGCCAGCCGGAAACGGAAGUCAGGCAGAACAAUCUCAGCCAUUUGUACGUGUGCCUGAUGCUCCUAGACACCGAAAGGAAUUUGGGAUAUCUGUUGGGGUUACACUCGUUCAAUUUGAGACAGAGCCUUCCGUUGGCCCAAGAAGAGACGUCGUCGAGUCAGUGGCUGAAGUCUGCCUUUUUAAGCGGGGGCUUACAGCUGGACCAGCCUCCUAAUCCUUACGAAGACGAAAAAGGGGAUUCCCGCAGCACGAACUCAACAGCAGAGAACACCCCUACCGAACCAAGAGUUAACAUGGUGCAGAAAACGCUGAAAAAUUUCUAUCAACCCACCGAGAGGAUUAAAACCUUCAUUAAUGCGUUGGCUGAGAGUCGUCUAUCGGAUCCGUACGUCAUAUCGUUUUUGGCUAUAGUAGAGCAGCAUUCUAAGGCGAAUAAUUUUUUAACUAGAGUGGAUUUUUCGUUCGAACAUCCCAUAGAAGAAAUCGGUAGAGUGCUUUAUGCUGUUUUGUUAAAACACUUAGGACUAGGCUUUGUUUUACUGCCUAUAAUAGAAGCAUAUGCUGUCCAAAGUAGCGUAAAAAUUCCCAAAUCAGUAGCAGAAGUGAUCAAAUGCGUUCACCAGACCAAAUGGAACCUAAUCAAAACGAGACAAGAAGUGAACAAAGGCUACAAAGAGAUCUGCAUACCCUUGCUCGAAAAGUGUCGUUUCCUACUAUACGAAGUAAAGCCAGCAAUCAGUCUAGAAAUGGAAGCCUUCAAAAAGGUCAAUGUGUUGUACAAGGAACCUCGAGUAAGAACUUUGGUAAAAAAAGUUAUUAAAGAUCUGAAAUGUGGAAGACAUACAUCAGAAAUCCAAAAACCGGAGGAUAUAGUGAACGCUACUAUACAAUCACAGUCUAUCGAACGACACAAGUCCAGUGAAGACAUCAGCAAAAUGCGAAAAGCCAGUUCGGACGGCAAAAUCUCAGAAUCCAAAAGCGAGACAGACGACGUUAACAACGAAAUCAAAAACAGUACUCAAAAGGCUGCUGUUGUAACAGAAACCUUCAACACGAAUGCUUCGAAACCGACGAAAAAUUGCGGCGACAUGAAGAACGACUUAGAAGAGAAAUGGGCCGUAGAAAAAACCGAAAACAUAACUCGAGUGGAACCGACGCCUCAAGAUAAGGAAAAGAAAUUGGAAACGCAGCUGAUGUUGACAGGUAUAGUCACUAAAUUACACGAAAAACAAAUGAAGAAAGUCAGUAAUGAGAAUCUAGACAUGAUCCAUUCCAUACUCCAGUUCGUUACAAAUUCCUCAUGUGAUAUAGAAAUACUACGAAAAGUUAUGUAUAAUCAGGUAAAAAGAUGUAAAACGAGGAAAGAAGGUCUCCAAAUGGUAUCAAACCUUCUGAAUGAAACAAAUCUAUUAACUUCCGUGAAAUACGCUGUCAUGAACGGUUAUCUAUCCACCAACAAGAAAGAAAACACUCACCACUGCUUAGAUAACAUAGACUUGGUGACACCUUUCUUGAAGACAGAAAUUUUGCUCUCACAACUAGCUGUUACAGAGUGGUGUAUCGAAACGUUAAGAGCCUACAUCUUAAGAGACAUACCAUCCAGAACCAGUAAAGGAAAAGGAACUAGCGCCAAAGUGAAUUUGAAUCUAGGCACUUACACGUUGUUAAGAGACAUUCCCAGGGCCAGAAUGCUUCUGGCUAUACUAGGAAUUUUAUCGUCGAACAGGUACAACGCUCUGGAACUAAGUCCUAUCGUUAACAGCGGUGUUAUAAGCUCAGUUUUGGGGUUGUUGAAGCAAACUGGGUGCGAUCAGAGUAUAGUGAGGAAGGUGUCAGAGUUUUAUGUACUGUAUGCCGAUAUGAUCGAGAGUAAUAAGCCGAAGACGAGUUGUUUGUCCGGUCCGGAAUUGGCAAAUUUGAUGAAAUUGGGAACGAGAGUGGUUAGAGGAGCUGAUUGGAAGUGGGGAGAUCAGGACGGGAAUCCCCCAGGGGAGGGUCGAGUAAUAGGAGAGCUUGGGGACGACGGGUGGGUCCGAGUAGAAUGGAACAACGGUACGACCAACAGCUACAGAAUGGGAAUCGAAGGAAAAUACGACUUGACUUUGGCUUCUCCUCCGUCACCUGUUACGUCUGAGUCAGAAACCGAAGAACCAAGUGAUAAUGGAACUCAGCUAGUGAAAGAUAACCAAUUGAUCCGUUUGUUACGAGAUGCCAGCAUAAACUUCCUGAGAAAUAUAGCAAUAAGUACCGGUUUGUCAAGCAACAAUCUUCAUCCUAACACUGUACAUGGUUUGAGCAGUUUAUUCUGUUCUUCGUUGAAUUCCACCUACUCUGAAUGGGCAGAUCUAACCUUGGUGCGAAGUAUCUGCCAGACUACGCAGCUGUGCAGGGCAUUUAGUACUAAACCGUGGAUUAGGAUGCUACUAGGGUUCCUCUCACCGCCUAGUAGUCCAGGAGGAAAUGAAUCCGCGCUGUUGAAGCAAAUCUUAACUAUUAGGUUAUUACAGAUAGUACUAAAAGCGUGGGAUAUGGACAAUCCAGAAAUACCACCACUUCUCGAGAAACUCCUUAACAUUCUAGGCAAAAUAAUCCUUACAUGUUCCUAUGACAGCUGCAACAAACCUGUCUCCAUAACAAAAUCGUCCGUGCUUCUAACGCAGUCCCAUAGUGGUACCAUAGGACAGGAAAUUAUUAACCUACUGAGGAUGUUGCACGGCGUUUUGGGCUGGAAUCAGAUCCUCAAUGCGAUGUUGGUCCAAAAGUUGAAUUUGGCUGCGUAUUUUUUAAGUGACGCCUGUUUGACGUCCAUGCUAUCGGAAGUUCCAUCAAAUGAUCAACAGCACUAUAUGGUAGUGGCUUGUCUGAACGUGAUCGGAGCUUGGGAUAUUCGGCCUAGGAUUGGUGCGUUGGCAGAGGUUGAUGGAUCUCAAGGCACUGUUGUAAGAAUCACCCCCAAAGGCAAACUGUGGAUACAGGUUCACGAAAACGGAGAUGUCAAGAAAGUCCCCAUCAACAACCUGAAAUUAGUAAGUGGACCAGAUUUCAAUUUCGAUAGAAUGUUGCUCGGUGAGAAUUUCGUCAAAACGUGGGCCAAUCUCCUCAUGUUUAGACAGUCGUUGAACGGCCAUGACAGGAAAUCGCAUCAUGGUCAAGUCAAUUUGGCGUACCUUAGAACCCAGCAAAAUAUAUUAUACGCCUUGAACGCCACCAGAAUCCUCCACACCAACCAAUACAAACUCCGCAAAGUUCUAAAGUAUCCCGUAAACGGAAUGGACCAAUCCCAAGAACAGCAAUCCAUCGAAGAAGAGCUGAACCAACAACCGGUGCUGUUGAUUCAAAAACUACUGGCCAAAUCUAUCCAACCGAGUCCUCUUAAACCCGGCUUUACUAUCCAAGAAAUGCAGUUGGCUGCGUUGAACUUAAGCCAGUUUCUGGCAGCAGAAGGCACUUUUGAAACUCCUCCUUGUAUAAACAACGAAAAAACCACGCCUAAGAACGGUACUAGGUGUAACAGCGAACUGGCAACGCCGAAUAGUGAAUGCUCGGUUAACAGCGUUGUCAGUGAGCGUACUAAUAAACGAAGGGAGCUAGAAGACGAAACGCCACCUCAUCCGAUGGUGUCGCAGAUCGUAGAGAUGGGAUUCACCAAGAAAGCAGUCGAAGCGGCUAUUAAGUCGUUAGCUAUAACGCCUGAGAGUUAUACGACCCCCGAGUCUAUAGUGAGCUGGUUGCUAGAACACCCUGAAGUUGCAGCUGAAGAUAGUGACUCGCUAAGUUCAGUGUAUGAUUCAGAAACAGAGUCUAUAUCGUACGACAACGCUUUAGGAGCUCAAUCCCUCAAUCCUUACGGAGACGAGAAGCAUCAGUCAUACGCUAGAAGGUCUCAGUUUCUGUCAAACGACGAAUAUGCCAUGUACGUUAGAGAUAAUGCAGAAGUGGGGAUGUUGGUGCGUUGUUGUAAGAGCUACGAAGAAGUACAAUUAGGUGAUAUUGGAAAAAUAGUAAAGAUAGACAGAGAGGGGCUGCAUGAUUUGAAUCUGCAAGUAAAUUGGCAACACAAAAUCAGUACGUACUGGGUGAGAUUCAUACAUAUCGAACUACUAGGAUUCCCUCCAUCUUUACCGGCUCCAUCUACGAUCAAAGUUGGGGAUAAAGUUCGCGUCAAACCCAACGUUACUACCCCCAGAUAUAAAUGGGGAUAUGUGACACACGACAGUGUUGGUAUCGUUACAGCGAUAUCUCCCAAUGGACAUGACUUGACCGUUGAUUUUCCGAAACAACACAAUUGGACCGCUUUGAUUAGUGAAAUGGAGAUUGUGCCGUCCUGCCAUGAAGGUGUUAGCUGCAAUGGAUGCUGCAUCAUACCCAUCAGAGGACCGAGAUUCAAAUGCAAGACUUGUGAUAGUUUCGAUUUGUGUGAUAACUGCUUCUACACAAAGAAGAACCAUAGACACUCCUUUUCCAGAAUUGAUGAACCAGGUUCUCCGGAAGUCCACGCAGGUAGAGCUGGUCGAUACUACAGGCACGACACAAUAGACCUAGACGGCGAACUGAUCACCGAAUGGGGCAGAAUAGUCAAAAACGUGAACGUGUCAUCAAAAUACGCUGUCAGAUUCGAAAUACCUGGAACCAUAUGGCAGAGUUGCGGCUCUCAAGGGAAGCAUUGGAUUCGACUUGAUAUAUUUCCCGAUAUAACCAUAAAGAGCUUAAAAGUGGGAGUUGAUCCCGGGGAUAACAGCUACAUGCCUUCUGUUAUCUCUGUAAAUGGAGGAUAUGCUGUUAAUUCCAUGACAGAACUCAGUGUAGUGAAUGUCAAGAAGUAUGAUACCAGUGUUGUUCUGCUCUCAAAUGUGGACAAGCAUUAUCCAUUGAUUGAGAUAAACAUUGUCAAAUGCAGAAACAACGGCAUAGACUGCAAAAUUCACGGUAUUACCAUCACAGGCAUUAAAAAACAAUCUUACGGGGAAUUGAAGUCGUCUGUGUCGUUUCUGGCCAACGACUGGGAUCUUAGCCAAGACUCUUCACCUGGCCCAUCGAUGGUUACAGUCACUCAAGAACCGAACAGCGAAUGCCCUCAAAACACCAACGGUUACAAGGUAUACGUCUGGGGCCUAAACGAUAAGGAUCAGCUGGGCGGAAUGAAAGGUUCUAAGGUUAAACUACCCAUACUGUCAGAUUAUCUAAGUCAGUUGAAGCCGAUCCAUAUAGCAGGUGGUUCGAAAUCCUUGUUCAUAGUAUCGCAGGAAGGAAAACUAUACGCCUGCGGUGAAGGGACCAACGGUAGGUUGGGUCUAGGCCAUAGCAACAACGUUCCUACUCCAAGACCUAUACCGUUCUUAAGCCAGUACGUCAUCAAGAAAGUGGCUGUACACUCGGGUGGCAAACACGCCAUGGCACUAACUCUAGAUGGAAAAGUGUUCUCGUGGGGCGAAGGUGAAGACGGCAAGCUAGGUCAUGGUAAUAGGCUGAAUUUGGACAAACCGCGCAUGAUCGAGGCUUUAAGAAGCAAGAAGAUCAGAGAUAUUGCUUGUGGCAGCUCACAUUCGGCGGCGAUUACUAGCAGCGGAGAGUUGUUUUCGUGGGGAUUAGGCGAAUAUGGAAGACUGGGUCAUGGAGACAACGUGACCCAACUCAAACCAAAACUGGUAAAGACUCUCGUCGGUCAUCGUAUCGUCCAAGUGGCAUGUGGCAGUAGAGACGCCCAAACUCUGGCUCUAUCGGAUGAGGGUCUAGUUUUCUCGUGGGGAGACGGAGACUUUGGAAAAUUGGGCAGAGGAGGUUCAGAAGGCUGCAACGUCCCUCACAACAUCGAACGACUUAACACUUUGGGCGUUAUACAAAUCGAGUGUGGGGCUCAGUUUUCUUUGGCUUUGACUAAAGCUGGAGAUAUCUGGACGUGGGGUAAAGGGGACUAUUUUAGGUUAGGGCAUGGAACGGAUCAGCAUGUUCGAAAGCCGACUGUGAUUGAUACUCUACGAGACAAAAAGAUAAUCCAUGUAGCAGUUGGUGCUUUGCACUGUCUGGCUGUGACAGAGAGCGGCCAAGUAUUCGCUUGGGGCGACAACGACCACGGUCAACAAGGCAACGGUACCACCGUUGUCAACAGAAAACCUGCUCUGGUACAUGGCUUAGAGGACGUCCACAUCAACAGAGUGGCCUGCGGCAGCUCCCAUUCCAUAGCCUGGACGUUGCAAGACACUCAAACGGUUUCGAAAGUAGAGCCUGUCAUCUUUCCAGUAGCAAAAGAUCCUCUUGGUUCAUCCAUACUAGGUUUGUAUGACGGUGAGAAACCUCCAUUACGAGCGAAGGAUAAAAACGCGCCUACCUUAAGCAGUAUCGUGAUGUCUCUGGAGAGUAAUACAGCCAAACAGCAUGCUCUUCAACAUAUUUUGAACGCUAUGCACAUACAGCAGCUAAGACAGGCUAUCGUCAGAGCUCUGUGCAGUCAUACCAAUAUAAAAAAUAAUGCCAAGCAAGUAAUAUCUCCCGAUACGCCGUUAGAGAGGUCUGUUAUGAACGCAUCGUCGUUAAACAAAGAUGGAGAAAUUGCGUUUGGGGGAGGAGAGGCACCAGUGUCGAUUGCCGAGAUUGCUGCAGUAAAUAGUCCCAACCCAACCUCGCCCGAAACGGAAGAAAACCCCAUGGCACUACUGCAGUCUAUGACAGCUAGCAGUUGUUCGGCCAGCAUGUCAUCAAAGCACUCCAGAAUGUCGACUAGUGCCAUGUCUGUAAUAGCUGCAACUCUCACCUCCCACGCCGAGGUCAUAGGUGACGGCGGCCUUACCGGUCUGGACGAAUUUACUUCGCUGUUAACAGAAAACGAUGCCAGACUGUUGGUGGAUCUUCUAAAGUUAGGAGUAGCUGACAGGAUAGAAGACGAGCAAGCCAAAGAUAUUUUAUCUUCCGUAUUGAUAACUAUGGGCGCAGCUAACAAGUCAAUCGGCGCUAUGUUGCUAGAACUUUGUGUAACCGAGUUGGAAGAUACUAACAAUAGUACUCAGAAUUUGUCCACUACGCCACACCCUGUUGUUCAAGAAUCUAGCCAUCCAUACAUAGAUGAUGUCACUAUAAAAGGACAUGUUCGUCUUCCAGGAACAGAUGCAUUACGCGUAGAGUUCGACAGAAGAUGUUCAACAGAAAGAAGACACGAUCCUCUACAAAUAAUGGAUGGUACUGGACGGGUUGUUGCGACGAUGUCAGGCCGGGAAUGGAGUGAUUGGUCUUCUGAGCUCAGAAUACCAGGUGAUGAGUUAAGAUGGACUUUUACUACCGAUAGUUCGGUCAACGGAUGGGGUUGGCGAUUUACCGUGUACCCUGUGAUGUCCAGCCACGGUUUAAGCGAAUUAGGUUCUGACAGAGCCGUAUUGAGUCAACCCUCGAUGGAUAUGGUAAUGUGCCUGUUGGAUCCAAAAUUAUAUCCAUCUGCAGACUCUGCCUUAAUGUCCAGACUAGCCGCUGCUCUAGCCGCUUGCUCGCAAUUAAGUUUUCUUUCUCCAAGUCAGAGGAUGUGGUCGCUUCAACGAUUGCACAGACUUUUGGUCGGAGAAGAUGAAAGAGGAGAAAUAGUUCCCUUGCAGUUACAAGAACUGAAAGCUCCUGAUAGUGCUUUAGGAUCUUUGUUAGAAGAGCUACCACAAGCUCUUUUAAGACAAUAUGAGUAUGAAGACGGUUCUGUUAGAGCUGGCUUGCAUUUGAUGCAUUCAGACUUCUUCAAAGUUUUGGUAUCAUUGGCAAGCGACUUAGAGAUGGACAAAAUGGCGAAUAUAGUAGACAACCACAAAUGGUCCUGGUUCCGACGGUACUGCCAUGCAGCGAGGGUAGCCAAAGCGUUAAUCCACAGAACAAACCUGCCGAUGACCUUUUGUCAGGAAGUUAGAAAAAAAUUGAGCGACUCUAGCGGGGAGGGAUCCAGCGAGUAUUGGGAACACGAGAAGCAUUCGCUGUUUAAAAAGGAACAUGAUGAGCAGUUACUUAUCUGGUUAAAUAGGAGACCAGAAGACUGGACGUUAAGUUGGGGCGGAUCUGGAACCAUCUACGGCUGGGGGCAUAACCACAGAGGACAAUUAGGAGGAGUGGAUGGUUGCAAGGUUAAAACACCGACAGCUUGUGAAGCUUUGUCCACUCUUCGACCGAUACAGCUUGUUGGCGGAGAACAAACUCUUUUUGCGGUCACUGCUGACGGAAAAGUCUACGCAACGGGUUAUGGUGCCGGAGGAAGACUUGGAAUCGGUGGUACCGAUUCAGUUCUAGUGCCAACAUUAUUAGAAAGUAUUCAGCAUGUUUAUAUCAAGAAGAUCGCCGUCAAUUCUGGAGGCAAACAUUGUUUAGCUCUUUCAGCAGAUAACGACGUAUAUUCUUGGGGUGAAGGCGAUGAUGGGAAGCUAGGACACGGCAACAGAUUCUCGUGCGAAACACCAAAACUGAUCGAAGCCCUUCAAGGAUAUGAAAUUAUUGACAUAGCUUGUGGCGGAGCUCAUUCAGCUGCUAUAACGUCUUCGGGACAUCUAUACACCUGGGGAAAAGGACGAUAUGGUCGAUUAGGACACGGCGACAGCGAAGACCAACUAAAACCAAAAUUGAUUGAAGCUUUGCUAGGCUACAAAGUUAUCGACGUAGCUUGUGGCUCAGGUGAUGCCCAAACGCUGUGUAUAACCGAUGAUGACAACGUUUGGUCGUGGGGAGACGGCGACUAUGGUAAACUAGGAAGAGGUGGAUCUGACGGUUGCAAAGUUCCUAUGAAAAUUGAAAGUUUAGCCGGAUUGGGAGUUAUCAAAGUAGAGUGCGGAUCGCAGUUUUCGGUGGCGCUUACGAGAUCUGGAAGUGUUUAUACGUGGGGCAAAGGGGAUUACCAUCGAUUAGGCCACGGUACGGGUGACCACGUACGAAGACCGAAAAAAGUGGCGGCUUUGCAGGGUAAAAAAAUCAUCUGCAUAGCGACGGGAUCGCUUCAUUGCGUCGCAUGUUCCGACGAAGGAGAAGUAUAUACGUGGGGAGACAACGACGAGGGGCAGCUAGGAGACGGCAGUACGAACGCUAUACACAGACCAAGACUGGUGACGCAUUUACAGUCUAACGUGAAAAAAAUCACAAACGUCGCCUGUGGAUCUGCCCAUACUCUAGCAUGGUCUACAAGCAACGCAAGCAGCGCCUGUGCCCGCCUUCCUUUAGUAGCUCCACUAGAGUACGACCUUCUUCAAGAUAUCGCUUCCAUGGUUCUACAUUGUCGAUUGGUUCUUUUACAUCAUUUCGCAGAAUUGAUCUGCCCUUGCAUCACCAUGUUCCCUAUAACCGGACCAGAUUCGCUGCACGAGUUAAGGAACAUCUUGAUUUAUUCCAUUAAAGAGGCCACGUUUAGGAAAGUCGUGCAAGCUACUAUGGUUAGGGACAAGCAUCACGGACCUGUGAUAGAGCUUAAUAGGAUACAGGUUAAGAGAUCUAGAUCACGUGGUGGACUGGCUGGUGUAGAUGGAAUGAAAUCGGUGUUUGGACAGAUGGUGACCAAAUUGCCACUAUUAACGUCAGAAACGUUGGCGUUACCUCAUAGAAUAUGGAAAGUCGAAUUCGUAGGUGAAAGUGUCGAUGAUUGUGGUGGUGGCUACAGCGAAAGCAUCGCAGAAAUGUGCGAUGAACUACAAAACGGCUCUUUACCCCUACUCAUCCCCACUCCAAACGGCAGAGACGAAGCUGGCGCCAACAGAGAUUGCUUUAUUUUAAACCCACUAGCCAAAACUUGUCUGAACCUCAACAUGUUCAGAUUUCUUGGUGUUCUAAUGGGCAUCGCAAUAAGAACGGGAUCACCUUUAAGCUUAAAUCUAGCCGAGCCAGUUUGGAAACAACUAGCGGGCAUAGAACUAACGCCCGCAGAUUUGACUGAAAUAGAUAGAGACUAUGUACCAGGAUUGUUAUGUAUUAGGGAUAUGGCUCCGGAAGAGCCUCUGUUUCAAAAUUUGGAAAUGCCGUUUUCGACUCCGUCUUCUUGUGGAACUGAUGUACAUUUAAGUACUAGAUACAAGAGGAUAACAUUCGAAAAUCGACUGGAGUACGUCAGGCUUGCCUUAAAUUUCAGAUUGCACGAAUUUGACGAACAAGUUAAAGCUGUGAGAGACGGUAUGUCGCGGGUGGUUCCGGUUCCGUUGCUGUCUCUUUUUAGUGGAUACGAACUAGAAACCAUGGUUUGCGGAUCACCUGAUAUACCUUUAACACUGCUUAAGUCAGUAGCUACCUAUAAAGGAAUCGACAGCAGCGCUCCGCUGAUCCAGUGGUUCUGGGACGUGAUGGAAGAAUUCACGAACCAGGAACGAUCCCUAUUUUUACGCUUCGUUUGGGGUAGAACGCGUCUUCCUAGAACAAUCGCAGACUUCAGAGGCAGAGAUUUCGUCAUACAAAUCCUCGACAAGUAUACGCCCCCCGACAACUUCCUACCCGAAAGUUACACAUGCUUCUUUUUGCUUAAAAUGCCUAGAUAUUCGUGCAAGCCUAUUUUGCAUCAAAAAUUAAAGUACGCUAUCCACUUCUGCAAGUCAAUCGACAAGGACGAAUACGCACGCGUGGCGAUGACAGGAGACUUGGCCGUAAGUUCAAGUUCAGAUGCGGAGAGUGACCCAGAGAUGGACAGCAGUCACUAAAUUGUAUUUACCGUCCAAUUUUAUUAAUAAUAAAUGUAUGUUAUGUUUAUUUGCUUGCGUUCCGAGACAAAUCAAUGUUGUUUUUGGUUUUAUAUGAGUUUUGACGUUGUAAACGUCACUAAUCAGCACCUGCGUCACUUGUCAUACGUCAUCGGUCACUGCGCGAACGAAGCUUUUUCAGUUAUCAAUCGUUUGCGUUGGCAGAACCGUCUUUAUUUGUUUUAAAAUAAAGUAUUAUUUCAUAAAUAUACAUAUUAUUUAUAAAUUUGACCAUUAUUGUAUUAUAUAUAAAUUAUUUUUACUGUUAUUGAAUCUCUAUAGAUUAUGUUGACAUUCCCCUCGAAUUUAAAUCAUUGUCAAUUGAUAUUUUUUACUCACUAAAUCAAUAAAGCGAUUGCAUAUUUUGCUACAUUCACGAAUUUGCUGUAUAGAUCCUACAUUUUGGAUCGCUGCACAUACUAUAGGUAUCUGCAUUACUUUUUGCGUUAUAAAUGUAUUUCAUUUUAUAUAUGUAAUUAUUGUACUAGUCAUCAUCUAAUAAAUUGAUAUAGAUAAAGA